AUGACGAAGGACUAUUAUGAAAUUCUUCAAGUAACUCGUAUUGCCAAGGAUGCUGAUAUCAAAUCUUCAUAUCAUCGAUUAGCACUUAAAUUUCAUCCAGCAACAAAUCCAGAUGAUUUAGAUGUAUUGUAUAAAUUUCAUGAUUUAGCCGAAGCAUAUGAUGUGUUAAGUGAUCCUAAAAAACGAGCCAUCUAUGAUCAAUUUGGUAAUGAAGGCUUAAAACGUGGUGUACCAACAGGAACCGAUGGGGAAUGGACAGAAGAUUAUGUAUUUCAUGGAAAUGCAGAAAAAAUAUUUCGAGAUUUUUUUGGUGGUGAUAAUCCAUUUAUAGAAUUUUAUACAACUGCAAAUCAAAAUCGAAGUUUAGGUUUUGGUGGAAUCGAUGGACGUGGCCGAGUAAAAAAAGAUCCGCCCAUUGUACGCGAUCUUUUACUUUCACUCGAAGAUUGUUAUCAUGGUGCAAUAAAGAAAAUAAAAAUAAGUCGAAGAGCAUUAAAUGACGAUGACAUAAAAUCAAGUAUUCGUGAGAAGAUUCUUUCGAUUUCUGUUAAACGUGGUUGGUUACCCGGCACAAAAAUAAUAUUUGAAGGCGAAGGUGAUCAAGGUCCAAAUAAUAUCCCAUCGGAUCUUGUUUUUACUGUCAAAGAUAAGCCACAUCCUAUUUUUCGUCGUGAAAAUUCAGAUCUUAUUUAUACAGCUAAAAUCACCUUAGGAUAUGCAUUAGUUGGAAUAACAUUACAUAUUGAACAUCUUGAUGGAAGACUUCUCGAUGUGCCAAUUAAUGAUAUUGUUAGACCAGGAUAUAAAAAACGUAUACCAGGUCAUGGUAUGCCGUUAAUGACAGAUCCAGAUAAAUAUGGUGAUAUAAUCAUUGAUUUUGAUGUUGAAUAUCCCAUCGGAUUAAGUACUGAUCAGAAAUUGUUUAUCAAGGAAGCAUUGAUUAAUAAUCUAAAUAAUAAAAAACAACAACAACAGCAUGCAAAUCAUUUUAAAAAGAAGCAUUUGUUUCAUGGCGAUUAA